GUUGUGAAAUGCUAUUGUAUAAUAAUUUUUUUCUGCUUAUUCUGCUACACUAGAUGGCCGGUUCAAAGCGAUUCCCUCCUAUCUUUAAGAGUUUUUACUAAAACUAUGAACAAAACGUGCGGAAAAUGUGCAAAAGAAAAAAAACUACUUAUUUCGAAGAAAACUUUAAGCUUUUACAAUUGCAAAACCUUGAUAUCGAUAUGGGAGUAGGUCUCAGAGAGUUUAAAUUUAACAGAGAUUACUGAACCAUCAGUUGCUAACUUCCAAAGGAAUAUAGCAAUCCUAUAAGUUUUUGAUAGUAGGCUGUAUGCCAUAUAGUCCACACGAGCACUGAUUCAAGCGAAUAUUUAUACACGUAGCGAUAGCAACCCUGUAUCUAAUAUUUAGGGUAUACCUGUGUUACGCAUAUAAUUCCUUUUAUUAUACUUAAGAGGCGAAAGUAAGUGAUUUCAAGAAUACGUAUUUGAGGUAUUAAACGCAGAAUACGCAAUUUUUAACCAAUUCACAAGUAAGAAAAGGCAAGUAAAAACUAACUUCGGGCAGAACCGAAUAUUAAGGACUAACUAUAUUCGAAGGCAUAUCGUGAAACUUGCACAAAUUUGUUAUGAACUUAAGGUAACUUUCCGUUAUUCCGAAAUUACGGACCGAUCACACCUACUUUCUAUCCCGAUUGACAUCAUAAUCUUAUGCUUAUUGCCCUCCGAUUACUUAUUGUAUAUUCGAUUCGAUCAUAUCUUUGGUUCUCUCAAAUAUGAGAAGGAUUCCUCUGAUUGCUAACGCAUCUUUCAUCUAUUUUCUCGCUUAUGCGAUAAGUCGAAAUAAAAGUUUGAACACAUUUUCGACUUGUGGGAGCGUCUGCAAACGGCUCAUUUCACCAUUAAUAACGACAAUACUUAAAACCAAACAUGGCGUCCCACUCCAUAAAUUUAUAAUCUUAUCUGGACUCUACUGAUAAAAACAGCUGAUAGAACUUUGUCUACUGAAUGCAUUGAAAAGUUAUUGAGUUCAGUUGGUGUAGAGAGAAGCCGGAGAUACAUUUUAUAUUUGAGGUUAUAUAAGUAUAUGGUAUUUUUAGUUUGAAUUCUCAAAGGAACUGCGACAUUCAGCUUUCUUCCGCAAGCAUAUGUUAAUGUGUACUCAUACUAUUCCACAAUACUGUGGCACAGUAAAGAUAUUGUAAAUUUUAUCCGUCUCCGUUGAAAUGCGCAAAUUGAUAAGUGAAACAAUUUAAAUAAAGUUAAAAAAUUAAAAAGGAAAAAACAACAAAAGCAUUACAAUAACUUAAAUACCACGUCAGGGUUCCGGCAACAAACAAAGAAAAUCGGCAAUAAGGCAGAGAUAGCAAAGAAAACGCGUUAAUUUGGUUGAAAUCCAAUAAAAAUACUAUAAAGUGUUUUUUUAUAUAAUAUAUAUAAAAAAUUAAUGCAAGCAUGUGAAUUUCAGUUAAUAGUCAAAAAGCAAUAAAAAGUGAAAAAGAGCAUGAGCAGCAGACAGAUCGCGAGUAUUUUAAGGGUUAAAGCUUAUGAGAGAAUGAGCGCUAGAGGAACGCAAAAAUCGACAAAUUGUGAAAAAUAUAAUAACUGUGUUCGCCAAUAUAUUAUAUUAGGCAUACAUACAAACACUUGUAGAUUCGUGUGAGUAAAUCUAUAUUUCGGUUUCUUGCUUUUGAGUAUUUCGAAAAAUUCUUCGCGAUAUUAUUAAUUUGCACAGCUGUUAAUGGCAUAGGUAUUAACUUGACAGCGUCUCUAGACUGACUUACUCUGUGUGUGUUCUCAUGCCUUCUUUUAGCUGUGUCUAGCUGCUUUGUUGGUUAGUUGAGAGAUUUACUCGUGGUUUAUUGGUUAGUUAGUUACUUAGUCGCUUGUCUGUUGUGCUAAUGACGGGAAGGAAAUUAUAUAAAUUGCUUUAAUUAUCCGGUUAAUUCGUUGUUUUGCUCUGUUGCGUAAAAAAAAAAUUAAGUGAAAGGGUUUUUUGUAUGCAAAACAAAAAGAAAUAAUAAUGUGCGAAUCGUGUUACUGUUGUUUUUGUUGUUAUAAAAAUAAUUAAUUUAUUUUACGGCGAAUAUACACAACAUUGAAUGAGAAUUAAAAUAAAAUAAAAAUAAUUACAUUAAUUGAAAAAAAUUUAAAUUAAACGAAAUUGGAAUUUGGAAAAUUUGAAAUGCGUUUACUCGUCUCAACUAUUAACCCUUAGUGAUUAUUACAAAAACACAGCGACGACAAACAAAGAGAGACAUAAACAAAACGUAAACUCAUAAAACAAAGAUAAAGUGAAAUUGAAAAGAGUGAAAGAGCGCAUACAACUACAACAAAAUUUUGUUAACAAAAGUGUUGUUAUUAAAAAAUUAUUAAUAAAUAAUAAUAGAGAGAGAGAGAGAGAAAAGAGAUUGAGUGGCAAAGCGAUCAAAGUGUCGCACUGUGUAAGCAAAGCGAACUCUCUAGUGAUACUGAGUGUGGGUGGCACGUCCAAGAUAAGCGCGUCUGCUCAACGCUUACCGACUACUCGCUCCAUUGAAAAAUGGCUGAUGAGAGCGCCAUCGACAGUCCGCGUCCGUUUCGACGCGAGCGCAAUCUGAGUAAUCGCAAUUUCGCCAAACGCCGUUCCAGCCGACGUACCAGCGUCGAGAGUCACAGCUCGGUGGAGUCGUUUAAUCUAAGUGCAGCUGAGAGUGUAAACAACGCUAGCUCAGUGAGCUCUGUGCAUGAGCACAGUUCCAGCGCUAGCGCCAGUGGCAGUCACAAUCACAGUACGUCGACCAGCAGUGGCAGUAGUGGUUCACAUUCGCUUAGUGUCGCUAGUAGUCAACUGGAUUAUUCCUACUCGGUGCAAUCGGAUACGGAAAGUGCAUUUUAUCGCGCCUCUACGCGUAGAAUGGUGCCACCACCGUUACCCAUAACUGGGCCGCCGCUUGAUAACGAUGAGUCUACAACUACAACAACGAUAGCAACAACAACAAGCGAGGACGAUGCACAGCCACAAACGCCUGAUCCCGCGUUGUUAGGCGUGCGACAGAAAGUUAAUCGUUUCGAGACAUUGACAGCCGAACAGCGUAUUCUCUUUAAAACGGGACGUCACCAGCUACGUCAACAACACCAACAAUAUAAUUCGCAUACAGGUGCAGCAAAAACCACUGGUGUGGGUGGCAUUUCAGUCGCCCCGCCUGGUUUAUGGCGUGUCUUUCCGCCUGCUACGCGUCGUUCCACACCCGAAACGGAUAGCUCGGUGGCCAGUCGUCAGUCGGCAGUUAGCUCAUUUCACACCUCCAUCGAUGAGGAACGCUCCGUGGACGAUGUGGAUGAGAUCUCCGAUUAUGCUGAGGAUGCGCACGCAGAUGCUGUUGCUGAGGCUGAGUAUGCUGUGCCAGAGGAAGCGCACGAAUUGCGUGAAGAUGCGGUGCCAUCGCCGGUGCCUGGCUAUAUGCCGCCCACGGGGGAAGAGCAAUUGGUGACAGCGGGCGUUGUGGAGUUGAAUAUAGCUGAUUUCGGUAAGGUGGAGAAGGUGCGUCGCGCUGUCAGCGAUGAUUAUGCACGCACAAUGCCGAAGGCUCGCGGAAAGAAGCUGUCUGCAGAAGUUGAGUCUGGCGCAAAACCAACGUCAAAAGAUUUUCCGAGAAAUUAUCGUUCAGUGCCUCGUCCCAAGACAGAAAUUAUUGGUACCAAAAAUCAUGCGGUUGUUGACAAAUGUAAAUCGCUCUAUCAGCCAAAUGACGAGCUUGAGGAGGAAGCUGAGGCUGAGUUGCGCGAUAAGAGCUCACAACACAUAAAACCCAUACUCGAGGAGCUGAUAAAAACGGAGGAAACAUAUGUGGAGAAUUUACGUAUCGGCUUAGAGAAUUAUGGGAAUAUAUUUGCGCGGAAAGAUUUACCCAUCGGUUUGCGUGGCAAAAAAUAUGUUUUGCUUGGUAAUAUCGCACAGAUCUACGAAUUUCAUGCCGAGGAGUUUUUACCAAUGUUACAUACAUAUAAAAGGGAUCUGAAGCGAUUAUUCGAUGAAUUUCAGCAUUAUAUUGAUAAAAAUUCCUUCUACUGCUACGUCAUAUUCACAAUGAACAAGCAACGCUCACUCAAAUUAUGUGAUACAUAUAAAAAUUAUUUUAAGCGCAUACAAAACGAAUUGGAUGAUAAGUUGGGUAUAAAUAGUUUCCUGGUACAGCCCAUACAACGGAUGGCGCGAUAUCCGCUGCUGCUGCAACAAUUUAUCACGACUCUCUUCAAGCAUCGUGACUUCGAGAUUAAGCCCUUACUUGAGUCAUGCUGUCGUCUGGAGAAGAAAAUGCGCACUUUGCUGACCACAACCAACGAAUCCGAAGUGAUUAACGACAUUGUCGAGUGCAAUGAGUUCAACGUUUUUCAUCAGGGCAAAUUCCGUAAAGUCAGCGAUUUUUCGAUUAUAGAUCACACGCUCCGACGCACCUAUCGCGGUAAGGUCUUCAUAUUCGACAAAUGCAUCAUCUAUACCGAGAUUAAGGGCAAACACUUGAUCUUUCAUGGCCGCUAUCCGUGCGAGCAUAUCGGCAUUGUGGCGAAAACGAAGCACUUCACGUUAUUCUAUGAGCGUCGUAAGCAGCAAGAGUGCGAUUUCCAAGCUGAACCGCCAGUGAUCGAAACGUGGCUGGAGCUGAUACGCGAUAUGAUCAGCUCGUAUGUGAUGGAGGAGCGUCAAAAGCUGCAGGAUCGUUAUGCGCGCGAAGGCGAACAGCAAUACCGUAAGCCAGUGAGUUUAACGCUGUUUCGUGAUUCGAAUCGUUUUAGUUCGGACAGCGGUAUAGGCAAUAUAUGGGUGCUGCCGAAACCGGAGGCAGAGUCGGAAGCGUCGAGUAAUCGCACGACGUGGUACGCAGUGAAUUGAAAGGAAGCGUUGUGUUUGAACGUAUGGAAUAUGUAUAAAUUACAAGGAUAUUGUUCGUUUGUGGCUACCGAAGUGUAGUCGGUUGCAAUAUUGGACUCAACAGUGCCAGCCAGAUAUAUUAUUAUAUCUACACUAAGCAAAACUUUUAAUUAUUGACGAACGGAGCGCAAUAUGCCUUUACUUUAUGGUACUAGAGCUUUUGUGGCUUUAGUGUGGCCAUAUUUUUAUUAAUUUAAAUAUAUAAGCAAUAAAAUGUGUUUCGUACACCAAUUUAUUCUAGUUAAGCUAAAGAUUUUAAAUUAGCUUAGAAUUUUACAAAAUUAUUCUUAA